UCUUGUUAAAAUACUUGUAAAGACGAAGUGAAUUUUUACAAAAUAUAUACAUAUUAAAUAAGAUAAGGGAUUUAAAAGUAAAAUUAAAAAAGUAAUUGCUUUGCAACAUAUAUUAAUUCGUAGCUUGGAGACUUUGUAUAUAAGGCGCAAAGAUAAUAAUAUAUUUACUUAUGUAUAUGCCUGCAGAUAAGUAAUUGCAUAAAAAAUAAUAAAGGAGCUAUAUAUGUACAUACACCAUACAUAUUGUGAAAUAAGUAGACUUGUAUAAAACAUUGAACAUGGAAUUAUCUUCAGGAUGUUUGGAAUCAAUUCUUUCAGGGGCUGAUUAUGAUAAACCUAAAUUACAAAUUUUAGGAACUAAAAGGAUUUCUGGAAAUCAGGGUACUGAAAGAUACAGGUUGUUAGUUUCCGAUGGUAAACAUCUCAACAGUUUCGCAAUGUUAGCAAGUCAACUGAAUAAUUUAUCUUCUUCUGGACAAUUAUCAGAUUUUACAAUAAUACAGGUUGAUAAGUAUAUAUCUUCUGUAUUAAGUAAAGAUAAUGGAGAUAAAAGAGUAUUGAUAAUUCUUGAUUUGACUAUUAUGAAACCCGGAGAAGAAGUCGGAAGAAGAAUCGGUAAUCCACAACCGUUCACAUUAGAUCAUAAUGCAGAAACAAGCAAACAAACGGAAAAUUCAAAUAAAGUAAGUGAAUCAGUAAAUACUCCCCCAAGGCGAAAUAUAAGGCAAGAAGAACCAAACAGUAGUUUGAACCAAUCGUUUCAGACUGAUUUGAUAAGUCCUAUAUCAAGUUUAAGUCCUUAUAAAUCAAAAUGGGUAAUAAAAGUUCGAAUUCUUUCUAAAUCACCAAUAAGAUCGUGGAGUAACGCCGGCGGAGAAGGCAAGCUUUUUAGUAUGGAUUUAAUAGAUGAAUCUGGCGAAAUAAGGGCAACAGCAUUCAGAAAUGAAUGUGAAAAAUUUUUUGAUAUGAUAGAAGUAGAUAAAGUUUAUAAAAUAUCUAAAUGUCAGUUAAAACAAGCUAACAAAAAAUUUUGUACUCUAAAUAAUGAUUAUGAAAUGACCUUUACGCCACAAACAAUUGUUCAACUUUGCACAGAUAAUGAAGACGAUAUUCCUCAGGCUAAUUAUAAUUGGGUCCCUAUUAGUCAAGUUUCUAAUAUGGAACCAAAAGCGAAAGUCGAUGUAAUUGGAAUCUGUCGAGAAAUUGGAGAACUUCAAACUUUUACUGCGAAAACGAAUAAUCGUGAAUUAAAAAAAAGAGAACUAACUUUAGUUGAUACUAGUAACGCAGCAGUUCAAUUAACGCUAUGGGGUGAUGAAGCAGUUAAGUUUGAUGGAUAUGUUCAACCAGUUAUUGCAAUUCGGAAUGGAAUUAUUAGUGAAUUUGGUGGUGGUAAAUCAAUUACUAUGGUAUCGAGUUCCGUAAUGAAAAUAAAUCCAGAUUUUGCUGAAGGACAUAAAUUACGUGGAUGGUUCGAUAAUGGUGGUGCUGAAAACAUUUCAUCAAAUAUUUCGAAUAGAAUUGCAGGUGCAGGAUCUGGAUUCACAAGUGAAUUAACAACAUUUUUUGAAGCAAAAGUUAAUAAUUUGGGUAUUUCUGAUAAACCGGAUUAUUUUCAAAUUAAAGGUGUGGUGCAUUUAAUAAAAAAUACGAAUCUGGUGUAUAAAGCUUGCCCUCAAACAGAAUGUAAUAAAAAGGUUAUUGAUGAAGGGAAUGGAAAUUAUCGAUGUGAAAAAUGUAAUGCACUUUUUACUAACUUUAAAUAUCGCCUGUUAUUAAAUUUAAAUAUCGGAGAUUGGACUUCAACUAGAUGGGUUAGUUGUUUUAAUGAAGUUGCGGAAAUAAUUGUUGGAAAAUCUGCUCAAGAUGUUGGUGAAUAUUUAGAACAAAAUUCAGAAAAUGUUGAAAAUAUUUUUGAAGAUGUUCAUUUUAAGCAAUUUACUUUUAAAUUGCGAAGUGUACUUGAGAGCUAUGGUGAUACACAGCGUACAAAAAUUACUGUAUUAAAUGUUUCUCCCAUUUGUUAUAAAGAAUAUAAUAAAUAUCUUAUAAAAAAUCUUCAAACCCUUCUUGCCGUUGGUAAAAAUUAAAUAACAUGUACAUAUAUAAAAGCCGUACUAUGUAUAGUACAAUCGAAGGCGAUUGGUAAAUUUGUUAUGAAUGAAGAAAAAUUAUGGAAUUUUAAUAUUUUUUAUAUUAACUUUGACUAAAUCAAAAUAAACAUACACAUAAAAAAUCAUAACGUGGGCACCUACCUACUAAAUUUUUUUGUCGGAAUUGUUUUAUUUGUGGGUAGCGUGAUUCGAUUAAGUUAAUUAUCCUAUUUUCAUUUAAUUGAGAAAAAUUUUAUUGAAUUGAUUAUUGAAAUUAAAUCAUUUAAUUUUAAAAUUAAUAAAUUAUGUACCUAACUAGGUAUACAUUUUGUAAUCAGCCGUUUGUGAUCCAAAUUUUUUAAUUUUUAAGAUUUUUAUUGAUCAAAUAUAAUUUUUUUAUAAAUUUUAAUGAUUUUUUUUUUAUAUUAAAUAUGCAUAUAUCGUAUUGUUAAAAAUAAAAACCAAUUUAAU